GCAUCAACUCUCCUGCCUUUCCUAUUGUAAUUCACAUUUGGAUGAUGAAUGCUGUGCUCAACAGAUAGGCUCAUUACAACCUAGCAAAUGUAUUGUGACAUUACUUCACGUUCAAAAUUGAUGGAAGAUAAUUUUGACAGAUCGCAUGGUCAAAGAAUGUUUUUGAGCACCUAAUCCGCAUGCUUGCUGUUUUUCUUUUUAUCUCAAUAUUGAUUUAGUGAUCUGUUUUAUAGCCCAGUUCAAAAGAAGUCAACCAAAUGGAAAGUGCAGUUUGAUUCCUGUACUCCAUAUUCCAUAAUGACAGAGAAGUGGCCAACAACUGUACCAACUCACCGAGCAGACCCACUAAUUAUCCCAUUUCCCAUCAUUUCUACACAAAGGCAAUUUUACAUGACCAAUUAAACUACCAACCUGCACGUGGGAGCAAAAUGGAACACCUGGAGGAUAGUUAUACGGUCUCAGAGAAAAUAUGCAACUCUACACUGUCAGAUCCCUAGGUUGCCAAGAACAACACUGAACUCUGCAAGCAAAUGACAGCGAUUCUGCAAAGUCCCAUUGGAGCCAUCCAGGUCUCCGGCUGUGAUGAAGGCAUUCACUCCAUACAGCUCCAAGAGAGUUUUGUACCAAAGGACAGGACAAGAGUGGCCUCAUUUAGUUGCGAGCUGUGUCAAUGCCAAGAGGAAAUGACCGCACCAGUGAAACACUGCAUGACCUGGCUUCGGGCCUACUUCUGUGAACCUCGGACAACGGGAAAACUUCCUCUCCCCGCCUUUCAUCAUCCCAUUUUUCAGCAAGCUACCUUCACCUGCAAAGUGCUGAGGACCCUGCUGAAUGACGUGGAAUUUGGAGAAAUGGCUUCCUACAAGCAGCUAGCAACACUUGCAGGCAAUUCCAAAGCUGCAAGAGCAGUAGGAGGAGCGAUGAGAAGUAACCCUGUGCCGAUUAUCGUGCCCUGUCACAGGGUGAUCUGCAGCAAUGGACAGAUUGGUAAUUAUAUGGGAGGAAGAGGAAAUCACCUCAAACAAUGGCUACUGACACAUGAGAAGCUUCUGAAAGAGAGCCGAGAAACAUCUUGGUGACUUUGUCCAAUGCUGCCUCACAGCUAGAAACGUAUGCCAACAACAUGCAGAAUAAAGCAAGCCCUUAACACUUCCACUAUUAUUUUGGGAAUUUCUAAACAGUGAUUUUAAAACGGAUAAAAGAAACUUGAGAGUCUUAUGCGUGGUGGCACCACUACUAUAUUAAAAAGGGCUGGAUACAUCCUGAGGGACCCUGGCCUUUCUUGUUUUCACAUUUUACAGAAGAAUGAAUACAUAGAACUGUGUGCAUGUUGUGUAUGUAUUUUGUUUCCACCUACAAGCUUUUUUUGUUCUAUUUUUAAUGCCCAUUAAAGCAAGGAUAAGGGAGUGGGAGGAGCAUGGCAAAUGUUAGGUGCAACUGCCCCUCUGAGGAAGCAUCUGGCUCACAGAGGGGACAGACGACAGUCUGAUGCUCGCGUGUUACUGGGAGCAAAAUGAAAUCCCGAGGCUUCAGCACACACCUCUUUAUUCCUGCACCGUAUUGUAUUUGUGACCAGCACGGAAAGCUGAACCUCAGCCAGAUGAGUGUCAAUGAGUGCCCUGUCCUCUUUGAUGUUUGAGCUACUGAAAUAAUCUUUCUCAUAAACACUUUUCAAUGUUUUUGUGACCAUUUUGCGCAUAGGAAGCAUUUUGUACAUGCUGUCUUUCAGAAGAAUGUCUGUCACGGCUACACCAUUGUUUUUGUUUUCGGUUUGAAAUAUAUUUUCCAAAUCUCAAAAAAGGCAUCAUUUAUAUAUUGGGUAUUUAUUUUCAGCAGAGUCAUAAUGCUAUAUGUUCUUAUCUUUUCAGAAGCGGCUAAAUAUGUAAAACUUUCUUUUGAGUAGCCAAUUUUGUUUGAAACACACACUAUCUGCACAGCGAAUUAGAUAUGGGAACAAGUUCCUAGCAGUUUAAGGACAAGGGAUUUUACAUGUUUUAAUUAGCAAGAAGACAAAUUACUUCAAUUGUAUUAAUGGAGUAUUGUCAAUGCUGUUGAUUUGGGGGUCAAAGGCUUAAUCAUGGACCUACACUUUACCUCAAUUGAUAAUGUCUUUGUCACCCACAUGCUUUCAUUCAUAGAACUGGGUAAAUAAUUUGUAUGUUUUAGUUUACAGUUGUCUUAUGCAUUCUUUCCCCUUGGAAAUUAUUUUAUUGGCUAGAUGAUUAGAUUGUGGAGAGGGAGCUCUCACUGGUACUUUCUUUUCCCACUGAAGACAUUGUUUGAGCAACGACAGUUAUCCUGCCUGGGGGAAGAUGAAUUUUCCUGCCCUUUCAUGCUCCCAUUUGCUCUCAUUGUUAGUCAAUGUGGGCACAUGCAAGGAUUUCACAUAAUUAGUUUAUUCUAUAUUCAUAAAAAAGGAAGAUUUAAAAAAAAAAAAAUUCUUCAUUCCAGACAUAUUUUAUUUUAAUAAUCCGCGUGGCGUUGUGUGAGUACAAAUUGUGUUCGAUGUGAUUAAUCAUAGAAUAAUCAAUUAAAGGUCGCAAACUGCCACAAUUUUUCACAAACAGGUACCUCUUUCGUAAGAACAUUAAAGUCGUAGUGAGAAUAAAAGAGAGGGAGGGGGGGGGAUGGGUGUCAAAUAAAUUACAUAUUACAUUGGGGCUGCCACACAAUUGAUACAAUAGGAUUUCCGGCUAUUACACAGAUCAAAAAUGAUAGCCUUUAAAUCAUAUCAGAACAAGAUACCUGCGCUAUAAUACCCACAAAUGUGUUCUCACAUGGGGUUAGAAUAUAGCUCUCGGCAUGAUCCCUAACUUUUUCACGUUAGGUGUAAGGUUGUACAUUUAUCGGACAUUCAUUUUGGCAUGUCUCUGGCAAUAAUAUCAUGGAUUUACUUUCCGUGAUGUUGGCUUUAAGACUGAACUAAAUGAUAGUGAAUUGCCAGCAAAAUUAAUAAUUACAAAGUAUAUCAGUUUUCUUUCCAACGGACACCAACAUUAUGAACACCUGUGUCACACAGAUUAUUGAAAUACUAAAUUUAUAUCAAUUCAAAAUAUUUUGCAGACUUUUUUAUGGAUGUUGAAGGGACUUCUGUAAUUGAGGUUUGGAUGGCGUGGUUUAUUAUUCCAGUUUGAUGACAUUUUUUAGUUGCACAUCCCUCUUUAUGCAAAUCAUUAUGAAUCCCGAUAUUUGCUAUGUUCUUAUUUGUCAUGUGACUUCCUUGAUAUUGAUCAUUUAAUUUUUAUUGGGACAUAUUUUCCUUCCAUAAUAAAUGCAAGAUAAUUCAUUAGAACAGUUUCUAUAAAUAAAAGAUGGAUCUGACUUUGGAAAAUGUGAUUAGCCUUUCACCAUUGAGUGUUCUCCCAGCUCGCCUGAAUUGUAGCUCUCUAAUGGUAUUAAAAGAUAAGCCUCUCUCAACAGUCUAUGAACCAACAGAGGGCAGCAGAGUGUAGUGGAAUUGCAUUACAAAGCAGCGUACACUCACAACAACAGCUUCACCCUCAAUUAUUUCUGUUUUUAACCUACAAAGAGAAGCCAGAGAAGUUCGAAAGAAACUUGCACAUUGAUUUGUGCAGCAUAUUUUUAAUCAAGGUGCCUCGCGUGUAAAUUUAUUUGUACGCAUUCACGUGUGUCUUUAACAUGUGCAGAUGCACCAAGCAUAGUACAACUUGCUGCCUGCCGUCUGACAGUCAGAUGAAGAAUGGCCCUUCUUUACUCACUGAUUUCUGAUAUUGUUAAUGAUGCCCAUGCUACCGACUGGGGUGAGCACUAAUGAAGGAUGCUGUGACACUAGAACUCUAGGGGUUCUAUUUCAGAAGAGAGGUGAAUGCACACUGCCACUUGGGUGCACUUCAAGCAUGCCCUCUUCAACCAUUAUUGCUGAUUUCAUCUUGUGAUUUUGUUUUAAUGCAGUGCAUUAUUUGGCAUGAUGAUCUUUCAUGAUGAAAUACUUAACUCUUGUUUCGAAUCGACAAAGGGGUGGAGGAGCUAAUGGUUCUGUUGUUAGCCCAAUUGUUGAAAGAAAGAAAUGUCCUUCAGCCUUGGAAUUGGGUUCCAGUGACCUAUCAGAUUUCCUCCCCUUCAGUCUUCCAGUGCUUUGAACUGCUGACAUUGAGACACUGUGCAGUCAGGCACGGCAGCUGUUUCUGCAUCAUCUAAUACCAACACAUGCUGUUUUAGACCAUUUUCAGAAGAAAAGAUAAUGAAGGAUUCAGAAAUAAUAUUUGUUUUGGCAUAGUCAUCUUUAUAAUAAAAUGCACGCACCUGACCAUGGAAAAACUGGAUUUUGAGAUAGGGUUAAGUUUGUUGACGGGGCGAUAUGUUGAGGUUUAAAAAGAUUCAGAGUGAUUAUUUUUUUUACAUUUAGAGCUGCUCCACGGACCCAACUCCGGCUCGACUGUGCACUUUGUCAGUGUGAAAACUAACAGACAUAACAGUUGACAUCUUAAUGCUGUGCAUUACUAACUUUUUGAUAAAUUUGACCCUACUCAAGCUUGACAUCGAGCGGAAGUGAGGGAAGGGAGCACAUUUGCAGAUUCUUGGAUUUGGACUUGUAACUUGCAUUGCUGCCCUGUCUAUCCCUCCGUGUUUACCUGACGGGAGAGGAACAAUAGGGGUGGGUGGGUGGGUGGGAAAAACUAGCUUUGAGCACCUGAGAUCUGUGAUGGUGGAUCUGGUCGAAGCCCAGAGUACUGCAGACGACAAGUAGGAAAUGUUCAAGAAAAUAUAUUCUAUCACAAAAAUACACUUGCCACGUUCAUAAUAUUAUUUACAUUAAACUAGUUGCAUUUUGGUUGAUUCCAAAAUGCUCUUUCUAUGACUUAUGCACUCCUAUUCUCACAGAGCAAAUGUAAUAUAUCUCCAUAAAUUUUGAUAGCAUUUGUAUUGAAUAAAUGAUAUCUGGUCACAUUCUAAGAUAAAUAAUACAUUUCCCGUGAUGGAUACAGCAUUACUUUAGAAGUAAGGUAGGACAGACACAUUUAUGAAUUCAUUUAUAGCUUUGGCGUUUAUAGACAGACUUUUCUCACCCACUAAGUCAGAGAUGGAAAAGUAGCUUUAGUGAUGGCAGAUUAUCACAUCCACAUUCACGAUUAUUUCAAAGCAAAUAAAAAUCAUUCAAGGUAUUCAAAUAGUGGUGCGCUGAAUUAUAAGUAAAAUGCACCACUUUUUGUAUAAUUUUUGAAAAUAAAGAAUAACAGAAUGAA